GAUCUGAGCUGCUGAAAGGUCUGGUCGCAGAGGCUGGAACGCGCAAUACUCAGCGUGCUCCAUCCCGGCAGCAUCCUUCCUGGCCCGGCUCGGCAGGGAAGCGAGCCUGUAGGCAACAGCCCCUCCGCUCCCCGGAAAAGCGUGAUGAAGUCCUCCGAUAUUGAUCAGGAUUUAUUUACAGACAGUUACUGCAAGGUGUGCAGUGCACAGCUGAUAUCUGAGUCUCAGCGUGUGGCCCAUUAUGAGAGUCGAAAACAUGCAAGCAAAGUCAGACUGUAUUACAUGCUUCACCCCCGCGAUGGUGGCUGUCCAGCUAAGAGACUUCGUUCAGAAAAUGGAAAUGAUGCUGAUAUGGUGGAUAAGAACAAGUGUUGCACAUUGUGUAACAUGUCUUUUACAUCAGCUGUAGUGGCUGACUCACAUUACCAAGGCAAAAUCCAUGCAAAAAGGUUAAAACUGUUGCUAGGAGAGAAAACCCCAUUAAAGACCACAGCACCACCCCUGAGACUACUGAAGCCUGCAAGGGUGGACACGGCUCCUGUGGCUGCUUCUCCCUAUCAGAAGAGAUCAGACAGAUACUGUGGGCUCUGUGCAGCCUGGUUUAUAAUCCCCUUAUGGCCUCAACAACAUUACGAUGGCAAGAAGCACAAAAAGAAUGCAGCAAGAGUUGCGUUAUUAGAACAACCUUGGGUACAAACGUUGGAUAUGGCAGAAUUAAGAGGUCUGAGGCGCAAUUACAGAUGUACUAUCUGCAGUGUCUCUCUAAACUCUGUAGAACAGUAUCAUGCCCAUCUGAAAGGAUCUAAACACCAGACGAACCUGAAGAAUAAAUAGUGAAGCAUCAAUCAAGAUGUAAGAAAAAAAUGUCAGGAUUUCUCUGCCAUGGAGAUUUGAUUACCACCUGAGGAGGAUACUUUCUUGAACAAUGAAUGAAAUUUCUUAUGAGGAUUCACAAAUUAACAUAUGACUAAUUUUAAUUUUGGAGAGCAAAUGAAGUUUCUUUAUUUUUUAUUUUGUGGUAAGUUAAGACUUUGAAUGAAUGAUUUUAUUUCAUGGUAAUAUAUUUAGCACACAUCUUAAAUUAUAAUCUAUAGCAAGCACUGAGAAUAUCAUCGAAACUUAGUGGAAAAAAAUCUUAAUUUCUAACUUAUUUAAGAUUUCCUCAGCUAUAUCUAGUCUAUAAAAUCCUUGUGAUGUAAAAAGCCUCCAUAAGAUUUUUUUCUCAUUUAAUGUGAAUGAUGACAGCAGUAUACAGAACCGGAACAAAUCACUAUUAAUAGAAGAUGGACACAAAUGCCAACUUUUCUUAUUUCACUUCUAAAUGUGUGCCAGAUUUGCCAUCCCAAGAAUGAGUAGGGUAAAUAAUGUCUCUCAUCUUUUUUUCCUGAGCAUUCACAGAAUAGUUUCUCAAGGUUAAGCCAAACCCUCAUUUUAGGCUGCCAAAAUAAAAGCAUAGGAAAAGAAUUAAGUUUGCCUGCAUGGUGAUCCUCUUAGGCAAACAAACUGCUGACCUCGAUGAAAUAUUUUCCCAACAGCAUCAAAAAAAUAUAUAUAAGCCUCAGAAUGUGACCAAAGUAAAUGUUAAUGUUUUUUAACUAAGGUGGGCUUUUCUGUAGGAUACUGAGGAUUUGGGAAGCAGAGAAAAUAUUUUUAAUAAAUGAUAAUGAUAAAUUGAAUGUGGUAAUAAUGCCUAUUACCUCAGUUUCACACUGAAAUCCUCGGGUUGAAAAAAGAAUAAAUCAUUUUGGAGAGCAAAACAGUGAAAAUGGUGGCUGGCCAGAAGAUUCGAUCUCUGAAGGGAAAUAUCUCCAAGUGUAAAAUGUAAAGUUCCUUCUCUAGGUUUCAUCCUUUAUCAUCAAGAAAGGCUUUGGUGUCCUGUAGGCAGUCUACAGAGCAAGGUUAUUUAACUUCUAUUUAUGAUGCUUCUCAGUAUCCAUCUGGUGUCUGGCUGGGAUUCCCUCUUCUGAUAUUGUGACCAUGGCAAUUUAUUUCCUUGUGUUAGAAUUUUCUGGACCUCAAUUGUUUAUCCACAGAGAACAGAGGUGGAUACAACUCAGUGAGCAAUAAAUGAUGACUUUAAAGUGCACAGUGUUGUUACUAAGGUGUUUGAAGUUUGGCACCAUUCCCUUGGGCAGGGCCCACUCAGGAUGAACCAGGGUUGACAGCCUUUCUGACUGCAGAGGGAAACAUCCGCCCACGUGCAGUCUUCUGGGAAGGAAGGUCAGUUUGAUUGGAAGCAAUCUAUAUUGCUGUUUUGGAAAGCACACCCAAGAGCUUCAAAUCUCUAAUGAUGACUUUUCUUCCAAUGUAUAAAUUAAAACUUUGUCAAUUCUGCUGUAUAAUAAACACUAAGUAAAAAAGAAAAAA